CCAUGAAGCCUCAACGGGCUGGAGAGUCUUUAGAAUCAAAACCAAAUCUUUGGGUCGUUUGGACUGUGGCUUAUGCAGUGGUGGGCACCAUUGUCAUUGUCGUAAACACUUUGACGUUGUACACUUGCUUAAAAACGUCAUCACUCAGAACUCGAAAACACGUGAUGGUUAUCAACCUUGCCGUCGCUGACCUUUUGUAUGGAGUUACAGCGGUUCCAGCAACGAUGCUUUAUCUAUUGGAUCCAACAAUAACUUCUUUCUAUGUGCAUAAAGUUUUGACUACGUUUCUGAAAACAGCUUCCCUCUUCACUCUUGGCGUCAUUGCCGUAGAACGAAUGCAUGCGAUCAUUUGGCCCAUACGUCACCGAGUGAUGAACAGUAGCGUUUACAAAACAGCUAUUUUGGUAAUUUGGAUUCUGUCAACUCUGGUGACAGCAGUUAUAACGUUACAAUGGAGUGGAUUUUGGCAGAUAAGAAAAUUUGCUCCCCUUUUAUUACCAAUCAUUAUCGGCGGGAUAAGUCUCACGACAGUUACUUGUUACGUGUGCAUCUGGAUAACAGUUCGACGCAGAAAACAACGCAGACUUGGUGCCUCAGCAAAACAGGAUAAAGCCCUGGCUGUGACUCUCUUACUGGUGGGAGGGGCCUUCUUAAUCACGUGGGGCACUCCCGUAUUGUAUUUGUCCAUUGGUGGCGUCUGCAAAAAUUGCUACAAGUUAUCGGUUACAGGCAUCAGAGGAGUGAUGCUCCUGUUUGCUGUACAGUCUUUGGUCAAUCCGGUUAUUUACUGCUUUCGACUGCCAUCGUUUAAAGAUAGUUUGAAAGCAAGAAUUAAAGAAAUGGCAAGUUCAUCGGCUACUCAACUAAGACAACAGGUUCGUCAAAGAAAAAUAACAGUUGAAACUGAAAUGGGCUGUGCCUCGGAAGUUGAGGUAAAGUAGAUGAAAGAGACGAUUGUGAUCGGUUCUGUAAGAACACACCUAUUUCGUCUUCAAAAUAUCGUAGUUGUAGUGAGGCAUGAAACUAAACAAAAAUGUUUCCACUGACUAAUUAAAUAAAUUUAUAAAGGCAUUGUAGCCUUCUUCAGCAACAAUAGAAAACGGCGUUCAGAUGUAAAUGAGAUACUUUUAAGAACGGGCCUAUUUGAAUGAUCACAAAAGAUGGUGGUUAAACAGAGAUGUAAGGUGUUUUUCCUAUUGUCAUGUAUGACUUCAACACAUCUACUUUAAUGCAAAUAAGACUACAACACGUACAAACUGCAAAAGUAUACAAGUUUUCAAUCAAAGCAUCCGACCCUGCCCAGUUAUAUUAGAACUAAUUGUUGCUGUCUGAGCAGAGUGACAGAGGACACCUCCAACAUUAAGCGCAAACGAAAGUUAAUGAUCAAACUUUAAAAGAAAUGUAAAUUUUUCCAUCGAAAGAAGCUAGUCAUGGGUUUGGUGAGAUGCCAGAGGAGUUGGACACGGUUCGAAAUGCAGCUUGGGUAAAUAUUGCACCACGUUUCAGUUGACGUGAGCCCUCGUGCUGUUCGGAUCUCUGUUCAGGCGACUUAAAAUCUGUGAAAAGCGGAAUUUCUCUCGUAUUUUCCAUUUCAACGCCAGACUUCCAACGUUAUUCUGCUCCACAUUUGUUUGGGUUACCUUACCAACACGUGCUGAUUGACUAAGGCAGUAAAACCGUGCUUUUUGCCGUUCGAUUAUGUCCAUGCACCAUCGAUCGAUCAAUCCUGCGGACGCCGAUGGAUCUUCGCCGAUAUUUUCUCUAUAUAUUUUGCUUCUUUGUAACGUAUAUGUCAAUGCUUAGAUACUGCAUGUUAUUUACAUUUAUAGCUCAAAAGUUGUCCUUUAUUACUUUACACGGAACUCAAGAGAACGGUAUUUGUCAGACCUGGCCUUAUAUCAACUUUUGGUCAGUGUAUCGUUGCCUGAGAUUUAGUGCAUUUCAUUUCUUGCACUCUUUCAUUUAAUAAAUCCAUUUAACACGGGUUCAGAACCGGUUCAAGGGAGUGAAACUACCGUGGUGGGAUAAUCUGUAAAACAACCAACAAAGGAAGUCAUUGAAAGUGGACUACAUCAUGAACCACCCCGAGAGUCAACCUGCAAGCAGCACAGUAAGAAGGCUUGGAAAAUAAAUCUAGUAACUGCAGUUAUAUGUACAUUUAUGUUCCACAAAAACUAAUUCAGUUAGACACUUUACCUCAGAUCACUUCUGUUUGUAAAGUGAUAUUUCAGGUAAUCGCUAAAAUAAUGAUUGGAAAUACAAUCAAGCACGUCACAACAAACUUGGGGAUGGGGGGUUACCUAUACAAUGAGGAUUUUACGUUUAUAUGUUAAAUGUAGGUAAGCUUGAGAACUGGUGGCAGUCACACUGCUCAGAUUGACAAAAUAAUGUCUAUUAUGGUGAAAAAGAAGUUAAGACUACACAGCCAGACCACACCAAAUGACUGUUCACUUCUCUUGUAAAUGAGAGUCCAGGUCUGUCUUUGAAGAGGGUAGAGCAUCGAAAAGCAAUUUAAAGCUGGCAAAUCCCCAAGAAAGCAAACGGUGAUCAUAUGGCCAUAUUCUAGCCCCAUUUUUACAAUGCAGUAAAUUCUAAAUCUUAGUAUAGUUAAAAUCAGUGGCGGAUCUAGGGGAGCC